AUGUCACCUGCAAAGCGAAAGUUGGGAUCUCUUUGAAAAUUCCCGAUUUUGACUUAUUUGCGUUAAAAAUGGAACUAGUUAAUAAUUAAUUUAGUCUUUCAUAUAUGAUAAACAUUGACAUUUCAUAAGAUGGCUGCUGCAUCUGUUCUUCCUUCAACGAGAAGUGAACUUGACCUGUUUCUGAAAGGCGACAAACUUGGGCAGAAAUUUCAUGAAUUAUUCCAGCUUCCGGAAGAAAAUAACGUCCAGAAAAAGAAGCCAGAUAAAAAGCCAAAGAAAGCGAAACACAAAGUGAAAGAUAAAAAAUCAAAGCGUGAUGCAAGCCCCGAGGAAGUACCUGAGAGUACGGUGACAAAUCUGGAGAUUCCUGGAAAUCCUUCAACGUUCAACGUGUACGCUCUUGUCAGACAGACACUGCUGGAAAAAUGUAUGAAAGAGGCAACAAAGGUCUACCAGAAAAGUACAGGCAAUUUUUCUGACUCAGAAACUGAUGAAGAGAUUGAGGAUAAAAGCAGAGAUGUGGCUGUCAAAAUACCCAAGAUUGUUGGACUUGGGUUAUGUGGUGUGUUUGAGUUGGUUAGAGAGACUCGGGCCAACUACCCAGAGUUAUGUGUGAAGGCAAUGAAAGCACUUUUAGACAUGUUACAAGGACAGCUUCCAGAAAGUAUGAAACAUGAACCAACGGAUGUUGUCGACGGAUUAUUUCAACUUCUGAUGGAUAUAGCUACCAAUUCUGGCCCUGAUUUUGUACAUCAGGGACUAUCUCUGACAUCUCUGGCAUGUUCAGCUUUGAUCAGUUUGGUGAUAGCUCUCGGAGAUACAGGCAAACUGUUAACUGCUGUAGCUGCUCUUCUAAUGAGCACCGGCCCUCUAGCAUCAGAACAUAUUAAGGUACCAGGUAUAUUGACAUCUCUACAGAAGAGUGUACAAGCAGUGUUACAGGGGAAGACACAUCUACCAGACUGGUUUACACAUGGUGUAAAAGAACAAUCUAGACUGUUCUCCUUUACUCUACAAGAUAUACCACAUACAUCAUCUGUAGAUUCACAAGGUAUAUCUGCUAUAACGUCUGAUGGUCGUUACCUGUAUAUACACAAUAAAUAUGGACUAUUCAAAAUAGGCUCAGGCUAUGGUGGAUCAUUAAAGGGUCAUAUUGUAUGCUACAGAGAAAUGUUACCAGCUAAGUCAAGUGUAUGGCUGGCCUAUGCAGGGACAUUGCUGUUAUGUAGAAUAGAUAACUCCUCUCAGCUGUGUACUAUCAACACUGACACACUUGAAGUGGAGAAUCUAUGUGAUAUGGAUGGACAUGGAGUUGCCCCAUGUGCCAUGUUUUGUGAUGGAGAACAUAUAGGACAAAUUACAGCAGCAAAAGAUGACAGUUUUGUAGUACGUAUGUUUGACCCACAUCAAUCUCCUAUGACAGUAGUCAAUGAAUUACCUCUUAAACUGACAAGAAAAUGUGUGGAUGCAUUUGGUGUUGAUAUUUCUGAUCAAAACAAUAGUGAUAGAAGAACAAUAUGUACCGGGUUUGAUGAAGAUAUAGCAUCAAUUACUUCUGGAAAAGAGUUUAGUCUAGUCAGAACAACUGGAGGAAAGGUAUUGUCAAUUCAUGUUGUUUUCAUAGUUUUCUAUUUACA